GGGAAAGUGUCCGGACUGGAAGGGGGUGAAAGUGUCCGGACUGGAAGGGGGGGAAGUGUCCGGACUGGAAGGGGGGGGAAGUGUCCGGACUGGAAGGGGGGGAGAGUGUCCGGACUGGAAGGGGGGGAGAGUGUCCGGACUGGAAGGGGGGGAAAGUGUCCGGACUGGAAGGUGGGGAAAGCGUCCGGACUGGAAGGGGGUGAAAGUGUCCGGACUGGAAGGGGGGGAAAGUGUCCGGACUGGAAGGGGGUGAAAGUGUCCGGACUGGAAGGGGGUGAAAGUGUCCGGACUGGAAGG